GACUCAGACGAAUGCCUGAACAACUCUCACAAUUGUAGCAAAAAUGCCACCUGUACCAACAUCGAAGGGUCCUUCAACUGUAGUUGCAAACCAGGGUACAUUGGAAAUGGCCACAACUGUUCACUGGCAGGUUGGUUCUUGAAAUUCCUGUCUCGCUUUCCGUUAGUACGUUUUGAGACUUUUGGUUCAGUACAAAAAUGGAUAAUGUUCAGUGAUGUACUAUUAUAAAUUGACGUAAAUUAUAAGAAAUUGUUACUCGCUCUUUUUAUAAUAAUUUCAUUUAUUUAUUCAGUUAUUAUUGACUUACUUAUUCAAAUCUAACAUCUUAGUCGUCACGAUUAUUGUGGAAACGUCAGAGCUCAUCUCUAAAUAUUUACAUCAUAAUGUAAAAUACAUCCUCGGCUAACUCUUAAGGAGUAACUAUUAACCCCCCAUUCUGUACUACGAUGGGAGCAUAAGAUAAGAUGAUUGACCGAGAUAAACACCAUCCAUUAAUGAUCGACUAAUUAUUUAACCCUCUAAACCCUAAGAUCUAAAUUAAAAUUCUAGUAUAAAAUUAAAGGAUUGAUUUACUAUAGAAGUAGUGGGGAGAAGUUGACAAAAUAUCAAGCUAAUGCAUCUUGUGUGAUCAUGUCCUUAAUUCUCAUUACAACUUUUGUUUUACAAAGCAUCGCUAUUUCAAGGAGAAAUUUGAUGCUGAUCACUCUUAGGGUCUAAAGGGUUAAAUGGAAAAAAGGAGAUCCGGAACAGCCUUUUUCAAGUCUUAGAAGGUGGCUUAGUAGGUGGAAAAAUUCUGAAGUCAUUCUCAGUCACACAACAAACCAGUUACACGUCUUCAAACAGCUCUUGUACAAUUUUACUUUGGAUAGAAAUAUUAUGGUUCACAAAACGACCAAUAUUCGAUUCCUGCCAAGUCAGGUUGUGGAUUGAUAAGUGCAGAAGCUCUUCUUAGCGGAGCCACCGCAUCAGUUCAUAUUAACUAAAACCACAGUUCACGACAUUACUAACACGGGAGAAAAUUGUAUGUGUAGAAUUUGUAAGACCAGCGCUGAAUCACGGGAUCAUUCGAAAUGCAGACGCAUGCAUGUACAAGUGUAGCUCUGUCCCAAAACAAAAACGAACAAUUAUACAAAACUGGUAGUGCUCGAGGUGAUGCAUGGUUGGGACGCAUGUCAGCGAAUAAUCUACUUACUUUGGAAAACGCCAGUGGUCUGUUCAAGAGACACUAUUACCGCGAUGUCAAAUAGUCUUUUAUCUACCCCCCAAAAAUAUUGAUAUUAAUCUAGUACCCAUUCGUCCGCCAAACCCUUUAUUACAUCCUUCCGUCCACUAUUAUCCCAUAAAAAAUGUAUUCAGUUUUACCUCGAGUUUGAGCAAAGAAAACAAGAGCAAAGAAGGGAUCUACCUUAGCAGAACCGUGCUAUAAUUACUCACUUUCAUGUUCUCGCUUAUUCCGGAAUUGUCGCGCGGCUUUGCUGCUAUGCUUGUUUGCUGUGGAGUUAAAGGUCUUUUUUGCUUCUUUUGACUGGUUUUGUUUUUAAUGCUACCUUCCGCUUUCACUUUGUUCAUUAUCAUCCCUGAUCUAAUAUGCAUGCAUGCACUUUUUUUUUUAACGAAAGAUUAGUCAUUCAUCCAGCCAUCCAUUCAUUCGUCGUUCAUUUACUAUACCACCUAUCUAUCUUUCUAUCUAAUCUAAAUGCAGGACAUGUGUAAAAUGAGGCUGUGGCUAGGUACGCAAAUAUAAGGAUGGAUUCCCUGACCGUGAUAUUUUCUCAUCCAAAAUAACCUUUUUGUAUCAUCCAUAUGUUUCCAUUUUCAGAAUUUUCAAUAAACUCAACAAUAUUACAUAGAAAUCAGUCUUAUCUGCAACAUCUUCACCGUUUUCUUGCCAAGGCUCCUGAGGUUGGGGAGGAUUCUUCCUGGCUUCUUUGCUACAAUGCUACCUCACAUGGUUGGAGUAACACAAUCUUCCACCAAAAAUGUGAUCACAAAAGAAAUACUGUGACUAUCAUACAGGAAGGCCAAUAUGUCUUUGGAGGAUACACUGACAUUCCUUGGGGUAAGAAUUCAACUUAA